GUGUAAUGCGACUUUUUAGAUUAAAGUAUUGACGAACCGGUUUCCAGAUUAAUUGCAUGCAUGUUGUUUGGCGGGAGGAAUGUUGUGCAAGUUUCCAUAUUCUGCCAAUGUACACUAACGAGCCUCGAGUCCAGUCGGCUUUGACUCGUCAAGAUCAUGAACGCCAAUCAGUGGGCCUGUCAAGCGCCAUAAAGCGCGGGUUGUGGAGGAUAUGCGGAAUCCCUUCAAUGGCCAAGACCUCCUUAAUUCGGCUGUUUGUUUAACUGUGAGAGCGAGCUUGGAAAGAGAAUGGCUAUCCACCUCUCGAUCAUCCCACUUAGCAAUACCUCAAAGUCGAGUAUAAAUGGACGGGAAGGUCUUCUCUCAGAAUGGCUUAGAAAACCUUUCAGUACCAGACUUCGACAACAUCUCCGGAACUGUAUACACUCUUUAAGCAACUUUUCAACUUCACACAUCAGUCAACAUGCGCACCGAAGCCUUUAAGCUCCUGGCGGCUCUGGCCAUCGCUUUCCCAACCGUCUCUGCCUGCGUGGGUAAGGACGCUCUGCCUACCGCGACAGAGACAAUCAGCAACACUGAGCCUAUCGAGGUGGCCGCUGGCGAAUCAUACGAUGGAAAGAUGGCCCGCUUCGACAGAGGAUCGGGAGCUUGCAAGGCCCAGACGGAAGGUGGCCAGAAGGACACCGUCUUUCUCCUCCGCAAGGGUGCCACUCUGAAGAACGCGAUCAUCGGAAAGGACCAGAUGGAGGGCGUCUACUGCAUCGGUGGUGGCUGCACCAUCGAGAAUGUGUGGUUCGAGGAUGUCUGCGAGGACGCUAUCUCGAUCAAAGAGGAUGAAGCCGGCACCGAGACUCGCAUUAUCGGUGGCGGUGCCUACAACGCCGCGGACAAGGUUGUUCAGCACAAUGGCUGCGGAAGUGUCAGCAUUUCAAACUUCUACGCAUCCGACUACGGAAAGGUCUACAGAGCUUGCGGCACUUGCGAUGCUUGCAAGCGUACCGUCACGAUUGAGGGAGUCUCUGCUUACGGCGGCGGCGAGGUUGCUGGCAUCAACGAGGAGACUGGCGAUGAGGCGACUCUCGUCAACGUCUGCACUGAUGCCAAGACACCAUGCCAACUGUAUAACGGUCCCGGCGAAAAGUCUGGCUCUUGUUAGAUCUCAUGUCGAUUCGACCUCAGGUCGAAGCUGUUGGGUUUGCGAGUUACCCUGCUCCCUUGAUGGGAUGCAAGGCAGCAAUAAACAUACAAAGCUGAACAGCGAAAGAAAAAUUCGUGUAUAUAUUUCUUCGAAGAGUGUUAUUGGUCAAAUAACGUCAAAUGUCAUAUAUCUUUCC